AUGGAAAAGAAUCCACUACCCCAGGGGGCAAGUUCACCAAAGAAUGAAUUGAAGACAUUUCCCCCGGGUCUGAAGUAUGCUUACCUGGAGAAGAAUGAAACAUUCUUUGUUAUCAUCAACAACAACUUGACCCGAGAGCAGGAGGAAAAGUUAUUGGAUGUGCUUAGGAGGAAUAGGAAGGCUAUAGGGUGGACGUUGUCAGAUCUGGUAGGUAUCGGCCCCGACCUCCGCAUGCAUCAUAUCCGUUUGGAAGAAGGUGCAAAGGCCCACCGGGAUCCACAAAGAAAGUUGAAUCCGAACAUGAGAGAACAGGUCCUGAAGGAAGUGUUGGAACUAGUAUCCUUGGGAAUUAUCUAUUCGAUCCUAGGCAGUGAGUGGGUGAGUCCGGUACACAUGGUGCCGAAGAAAUCUGGAAUACAAGUGGUGAACAAUGAGAAGAACAAACUGGUGCCCACGAGAUUAGUCACGGGAUGGAGAAUGUGUAUCGAUUACAAAAAGUUGAAUACAGCCACGCGGAAAGAUCAUUUUCCCCUACCUUUCAUCGACCAGAUGCUGGAGAGGUUACCUGGGAAACAAUACUUCUGUUUUCUCAAUGGUUACAGUGGCUAUUUCCAUAUUUAUGUGAAUCCAGAAGAACAAGACAAAAUAACUUUCACCUGUCCGUUUGGCACGUAUGCUUAUCGGAGAAUGCCCUUUGGACUCUGUAACGCACCUGGAACCUUCCAGAGGUGCAUGAUGAGCAUGUUCUCCGACCUACUAGAGGAGUGUAUAGAAAUCAUCAUGGGCGACUUCACUGUAUAUGGGGAUUCAUUUGAGUCGUGUUUGGGGCAUUUGGAUGUUGUACUAAGGAGAUGUCAAGAAAAGAACCUCGUCCUCAACUUUGAGAAAUGCCAUUUCAUGGUCCCUGAAGGCAUCGUCCUAGGCCAUGUGAAUGAUAUAGAUUUCGUCUUUGACGAAGCAUGUCAAGGGGCUUUCCAACUUUUGAAAGAAAAGCUAGUAUCAGCCCCAAUCAUCAGAGCUUCCGACUGGAAUCACCCAUUCGAAGUGAUGUGCGACACCAGUGACUUCGCAGUUGGAGCAGCUCAGAAGUAUUACGACACUACAGAGAAAGAAAUGCUAGCUGUUGUAUACUCAUUCGAGAAGUUCCGACCCAAGGGUAAUUGUGUCAGACACAAGAAAGACACUGAGAACGAGGUGGCUGAUCACCUAAGCAUGAUACUUCAAGGUGAUAAUGAAGAAGAUAUACCAGAUGUAUUCCUAGAGGAACUUCUGUACUAUGUGGUGGAAUCUCCUAGACCUAUCAGUUGGGCGGCAGUGUUAGCGUUAACCGGCCCAGGGGAUUCAGACAAAGGAAAGUAUAAGUUGAAUACGUAA